AUGAAAUAUAUACAUACUUUAUCGGAAUUAGCUAUUGAUAUCCCGUUAACACAAAUCGAUAUACCACCGGCUGUUUAUGAAAUCACACUUCCCCAAUCGUCAAUUGAUGAUGAAAAUGGACCUUUGAUGUUUAAUAUUCCGAUUGAACAACUUAUGGGAUCAGAAGGGGAGAAUGGAUUACCAAGAGUAGUUAAAGAUUGUGUUACUUUUUUACGAGCCGAAGGAUUAUAUACUGAAGGAGUAUUUCGUAGAUCACCCAGUUCAGUUUUAUUAAAACAAGCAAAAGAUGCAUAUGAUCGAGGCAAUCCUAUUAAUUUAGAAGAUUAUGGAGUUCACGUAGCAGCAGUUUUACUUAAAAUGUUUUUUAAUAAUUUACCAGUUGCAGUAUUUCCAGUAGAAACUUAUGAUUUACUUAGACAAAUUCGACAGAGACCCCAAAAUUUCGGAAAAAUAGAAUUUAUAAGAAGUAACAUUUUUCCUUUAUUAUCUCACGCCACAAUUUUACUUUUAAAAUAUGUUUGUGGAUUAUUAGUUGAUGUAUCAAAACAUAAAGAUAAAAAUUUAAUGACAUCUUAUAAUUUAGCUGUAAUGUUUGCACCAAAUCUUGUACAUAGUGGUAAUCCAUUAAUAGAUGUUAGUAUGUGUACUUUGGUAGAAAAUGAUAAAGAAAAUGAUAAAGAAGUUAGUUGUGGUGGAGUUGGAAUAUUUAUGAAACUUUCUAUAAAUUAUUUCGAUUUAAUGUUUGAAGGAUAUGAAGAUCCAAGUGAUCGAAUUAGAAGAGAUGUUGAUGUUGAUGUAGAAACAAAUACAAUAAUGACGACACCACCUUCAACUUUAUCAAAAGUAAUAACAACACCUCCAAAACGUCCAUCAAUUAAAAAAAUGCGAAUUGGUGCAGGAGUUGAAAUUAGUGGAAUAAAAGUACAAGGAAUGUUGGGAAUUGUUCUUCGUCUAAGAAAAUCAAAUUAUGAUGAAAACGAUUCAAAUGAUGAAGAUAAUGAAAAUAUGGAUAUUGAUAGUACCACCACCACAAUAACAAGAGAUUCAAAGGAUUCCCCGAUUUUUUUAUGUUUAUAUAUUGAUAAUGUUGUCAAACCACUUCUCGGAGAAAGUAUUUGCGAAUAUGUUGGUGAAACAAUAUUAUUAAAAGUCCAGACAAAGUUUCUAAAAGAAUUAUCGAAUUCCAUUCGUCGAUUCCGAUCUGUUAAACGACUUCAUAAAGACAUUGAUUUCAAUCAACAAUAUGCAAUUUUAACUUCUGAUCAAACCCAGUUUCCAUUAAUAACUUCUCAGACUCUACCAUCGUCUAUAUUAUUACCAUCAUCAUCUACUCGAUCUUUAUCAUCAUCCACUCGAUCGUUAUCACGAUCUUUAUCAUCAUCUUCCCGAUCUUUAUCUCGAUCUUUAUCAUCAUCAUCGUCAUCAUCUGCAAUAUCACCACCACCUAUUUCAUCACCAACUUUAUCGAUAGAAUUAAAACCGAAAUGGUUAUUUUUACCAUCUUCACCUUUUAUUUCACCUCAAAAUUCUAUAAAAUUUCAAACAUGUAGAUUUUGUAUGCAUAAACAUUAUAAACAAAAAGAUAAUAAAUUCGAUCAAUCAUCAAUAACAGGAUAUUGUCCAUUGGAUUUAAUAUCUUUUGAAAAUCAAAGAAUGGAGAAAUCUAUUGAAGAAUUAUUUAAAUGUCCUGAUAAUAAUUUAAAAAUAUUUUUACAAGGUGAACAGAAUUGGCAACAACAAUUAAGUGAAUUUUUUGAAAUUGAUGUUUUUAAUUCACCAGAUGGAAACCAAAGUCAAAAUAAAUUAAUAAUGGAUUCAGUAGUAAAAUUAUUAUCAAAAACAAUUUUAGCAGAAAGUUCAUUAUUCAAUCAUCUCAAAUAUCUUCAAAGAACUUUAGAUGAAACAGAUAUUGAAGGUAUUCACAAAUUAUACUUGAAUCAACAACAAAGUAAAUCAAAUUUAUUGGAUCCAACAAUUGAAGAAUGGAAAUUUGUGAAAUUGUAG